AUGAUUUACACUGCAAUUGACACAUUUUAUUUGACGGAUGAGCAGUUGAAAGAUUCCCCUUCUCGGAAAGAUGGAAUAGAUGAGGCCACAGAAACAACUCUUCGGAUCUAUGGCUGCGACCUCAUUCAGGAGAGUGGGAUCUUACUUCGAUUGUAUCCUUUUUAAGUCUCUGAAUUUGAUUAUAUUUUAUUUUCUUGUAUUGCAUUUCCCAGUGUCUUCUGUGAUGUAGGUAUCUUCUCGUGGAAGUUGGAUUGUUGGGGAACAUUUCAUAUUUUUUAAUUAUUUUGCCCCUGCGUUUACGUCAUUUUUUCUAUCAUGCAUUAUGUUUAUCUUGACUUCUUCAGACCGCAAGCUGUCAUGGCCACAGGACAAGUUCUUUUCCACAGAUUCUAUUGCAAAAAGUCUUUUGCCCGGUUUGGUGUGAAGGUAACGCUCUAUACCUCUAUUUCUCCCUUCACCUCCUCCUCUGUCUCCCCUAUAAAAGUUGUGGGCCAAAUGACUUGGGUAACACAGACGUUGCAUAUGGAAAUUAGUUUUCUGGUUAGCUUGCCAAGUGCAAGCCUACCAUAGGUGGUGGCACAGGAGUGAUUCUUCACCAACUGAGAAUGCUUCUUUAUGUGUUUUCUCUUUGACAAAAGAAUGAAAUGAAACUGAGAAUUCUUCUUUGUUUUUUUGCUCAUUGAUAAAGAAUGAAUUGUAACCGAGAAUGCUUCUUUUUUGUGUUUUCUCUUUGCCCAAAGAAUGAACUGAAACUUACAAUGCUUCUUUCUGUGUUUUCUCUUUGACCAAAGAAUGACCUGAAACUUAGAAUGCUUCUUUGUGUGUUUUCUCUUUGAACAAAGAAUGAACUGAAACUUAGAAUGCUUCUUUGUGUGUUUUCUCUUUGACCAAAGAAUGAACUGAAACUUAGAAUGCUUCUUUCUGUGUUUUCUCUUUGACCAAAGAAUGAACUGAAACUUAGAAUGCUUCUUUGUGUGUUUUCUCUUUGACCAAAGAAUGAACUGAAACUUAGAAUGCUUCUUUGUGUGUUCUCUCUUUGACUGAAAGAAGGAACUGAAACCGAGACGUUCUCUAUUAUUACAUGUGUUAAAGUCAUGGCCAUUCCAUGUCUCUCAAAGCAAUUUCUGUUGCAUGGCUAGAAUCCUGCUGUUCAAAAUUCAUCUAAGGAAAGAAUCAUCACUAAUUCCCAAGGACAACUAAAAUGUACAUUUUUUAUCCCUUUUAUGGUACUUGAAUGCAGAUAUUCAUAUUAUUAGCUUCUUCUCUUUUUAUAUAGAGGGUCGCUGCAAGUUGUGUAUGGUUAGCCUCGAAACUGGAGGAGUGUCCAAGAAAAGCCAAGCAUGUGAUUAUAGUUUUUCACAGAAUGGAAUGCAGAAGGGAGAAUCUGCCGAUACAACAUUUUGACGUUUUUUCAAAGGUGAGCUUGCUUUUAAUCCAUUUCCUUUUGAUCCCACAAAGUAUGCUGGUUAUAUGAUGUUCCGAUAGCAUGAUUAAUAUUCAGCGAUUCCUUGUCAUGAGCUUGUUUUUUAAAUUGUGCAUAUGGUUAUUCUUGAUUUUUGAGUCUCCAGGCUGUUCUUUAACCCUUCAAUUUGCAUUCAUCCUUUUUAGUUUUUUGUUUAUGUGCUGAUCAACAAUAUAGUCCUGAAUUAAAGACUGGGCUUAGUGAUAUUUCCUGCAAAUAAUAAAUUAAUCGUAUUUUAUGUUUUUUUUAAAAACUGGAAGAUAAUUAUGCACGUCUGAAAUUCGUGGCUUCUUUGCAGAAAUAUACAGAAUUGAAGAAUGAUUUGAUUCGAACAGAACGGCAUCUGUUAAAGGAAAUGGGUUUCAUCUGCCAUGUCGAGCACCCCCAUAAAUUCAUAUCCAAUUACCUUGCCACCCUCGGAGCACCUCUUGAGCUCAGGCAGGAGGCAUGGAACCUAGCCAAUGAUAGGUACUCGCAAAUACUAAUAAUUUUUAUUAAAUUAUCGUGUGUAAUGUUGUGGGCUUGUUUAUUUAAAUAAAAUAUGAACAAAUUUCAGCAUAGAACGUUAGUGUGUUCCUCUUAUGUGUUUAUUUUUAUUUUUCGUCCUUAGAAUGAAAUGUACUUGUUGUUUGUUCUGCAUCCUAUUACAGAUGUCUGAACCGUAGAAAAUGUGAAAGGGGGAAAUGGGGAAGUUUGUAGGUAUAUAUUGUACUCAGAAGAAACGGAUCUGCUGUAAAUUUUUAAAAGGAAAUCAAAAUAUGGUUAAAAAAGGCAACAUAUAAAAAAUCUGGGCACAUUGAGUCGAAAACCUGCUUUCCUUACAUCUGAGCUACCAAGAGUCAGUGAACUUAGAAGAAGAAUCACACCAGAAAAACUUAUUCAUAAGUUUCGUCAAAUUAAUCUUUUCUCUCUGCUGCAAGGUUCAACUUACGUAAAUAUGGCCCGGGUUAAAUAUAGUAAAACAUAAAGUUCCCGGGAAGAUGAAGGGUUCUUAAUUGCAAACCUUAGUUUUUUGGUUCUCUUAUUCCGUUUAUCUUUCUCUUCCUCCCUCCCCCUCUUGUGGGUUUCUUCCUCCUUUUUGAGAUCAGAAUGGAUUAAAAAAGGAUAUUUUCUGAACUUUGCAAGAUGCGAUUUAGUUUAAGAUGCGUUCAUUCCUUCAGCUGAUGCCAUGCCCAGCUAGCAUUUCUCCUGUCACUAAAUUGUGAUAUCUCUUGUUUUACGUAGCUUGAGAACAACGCUAUGCGUCCGAUUCAAGAGUGAGGUCGUAGCUUGUGGAGUUGUGUACGCGGCAGCACGCAGGUUCCAAAUUCCACUACCUGAGAACCCACCGUGGUGGCUGGUUUUUGAGGCAGAUAAGGCCGGAAUCGAACAAGUGUGCAGAGUACUUGCACACCUGUACAGUCUCCCCAAAGCCCAGUAUAUUUCUGUGUGCAAAGAAAAAGAUUCAUUCACAGCGAUAACUAGAACUCCAGAGGCGCAGGCUCCAAAGGUAUCAGAUACUGUGUACUUGCUGGUCUCUUCAGUUUCGUUCUUCUGUGGUUGGUAAUGGUAAUGGUAAUGAUCUCUCUCUCUCUCUCUCUGUCUCCCUCUCUCUCAUUGAAUCACUCGAACAGGAAAGUCCGCAGGAUGAUUCAGCAAGCAACAAUGUGCCCCCAAAGACAGUGAUAGAUUUAGACGCUACUCUUUCGAAAGAGGUGAGAACAAGAAUGUCGAUUGACAAAUUGAAGGAGACGAAGAAGAGCGACGAUGAUACUAAAUCUGUGCCAGGCGAUGGAGAAGCCAAAGAUGACCUGGCUAGGAAGCCCAAGAUCGGUGACCACAGGUCCGACAUAGAUGGCGACAGGAGCAGGGAAAGAGAAAAGGAGCGGCCAAAGGCUAGGGACCGUGAGAGGAGCAGAGAAUACGAUGGCGAGAGGGAGAGCAGCCGAGACUAUGACAGGGCCAGAGGUUCGGAGAAAAGUGACCGGGACAAGGAGAAGCUCAGGGAUCGAAACAGGCGAUCCUCCAGGGACAAGGCGUCCAGUAAUCAUCGAACCCGUCUUCUCUGUCUUAUCUCCUGGUUACGAUUCAGUUCCUGUUCUCCAAGCUAGCAUUUAAGAAGACGAUCAGUCUUCCUAAGAAAUAAUAAGAUUUUUGCUAUCCAUCGCCUUAAAAUCUUUGACUGAAUUCUUCUUUAUGAUCUUUGGUUUAGGCCAUUCUGAGAGGUCAAGGCGCCAUUCCUCCAGAGGUGAGCCAUCUAGCAGCUCAGGGGUACUUGCCCUGUGAAUAGCGCUAACUUUCUAUCUCUCUUUCAGACCAUGGAGGUCACCACGGCUCUUCACACUCAUCUCGCGAGAAGGAUCAUCGGCAUCGGCACCACCCAUACUCAUAG